AUUCCAUUCCAUAGUCAGUCAUUCUGUGUGCUUCUGUUCUCUAAGAAUAUUACUGGCAGUACUGGGACAGGUAAGCAUUAAUAUUCUCUACCCCAUAUUCAUACAGUAUUUGCAGUUUUACAUUUCUAUACAUCCCCACAAUGUGAUUUCAGCUCUGGACAACUAAAAGCGAAGAUGCAAUUUUUUAUUGUUUUCAAAUUAUAUUAAGUAGAUUACGGUUUUGAUUCAGUAUGGUAAUUGGCCUUUUGUGGAAUGCUCGGUAUUCUACUGAUUCCAAAGAUUACGGUUUGGGGCCCAAAUUGUAAAUUGUAUAUUAACAUUAAUUUUAUCUUUGGGCAUUUAUGCUGAUUUGCAUUAUAUUGUUCAGAACAUCCAUUUGGAUUCAGUUGACUGAUAUCAUAGAGGCCCAUUUAUCAACACUCUCAUUUUUGUGGUUUUAGAGGUUUUUGAAACCACAACAAAUUUUCUCUAAAACCAUGAAUGCAUGAAUUGGCCAAUUGAAAAAGGACAGCUGCCACUGACUUCUACAUUACUUCCACAGCUUUUAGGUGGCGUAUUUUUACUUUUGGAUUUGUUGCAAUUUAGACUAAUAAACGGUGAAAAAAUAACACCCCCAUAAUAUUUAAGAGCAUUCAUGGUAUUCAUGGGGGUGCUGCCUUAUAUAUCCAUCAUAAGUGGAUUUUCCUUGGGAUUUUCCAUUUUCCUCUAUUUAAGAGCACUACCAACUGAUCUAUUGAAAGUUUAUUUGCCAUUAGAAGCUGUCCUGCCAAGAUAAGCCCAUUGCUCACAUUAUUAGUUUCUUUCUAACUAGUCAUGAGUUGGUUGACCCAAAACCCAUGGGUCAUGGGGACAUGUUUUGUUGUAAGCAAAUCCUCUAAGUGUUGGUUAAAGUGGAUGUUGGGUGCACAUUUCACAGUAAGGACCACUAGGAAAGUGACUUUGCUGUUAGGCUGAUGCCAUACAGAGCGAAUUCUCUGCUAGUGUUCUUCUUCAGGAACCAUUGUGUCAGUCUGAGUGCAGGCACAGGCAGCGGAUAUCAGCAAAGUAACACGAGAAUUUGCAUUUUUAGAGCUGAUACCCUCCCAGGCUGACACAAUAAUUCCGUGUGUAGUAAAGGUUCCUACGGAGAGGCAGCGUUUUUCGGCCGGCCGAGUAUUAGCCCCAUGAAGCUUAGCUUUAACGUUUUUGUACAUCCCUGUCCCACCUUUCUGACAUCACAGAUUGAAUUCUAAAUCGAUAAUAUGGCUUCACACCGGAAGUCAGUCAUGGUGCACAUUAUUUCAGCACAUUUUGUACAUAAUCUCUAAUAAAUGCUAGACUGUGCCCCUGCUUCCUCUUGAGAUCUUUUUUCACAGGUCUCCUGUGCAGAUGGGAUGGCAAUGAAAAAUCAGACUUUUCUUGGUGAUUUUAUCCUCUUCGGAUUCUCGGAGGAACAUGUCUUGCUGUCUUUUCUCAUGGCGGCGGUCUACACCAUGAUUCUGAUGGGGAACGUUGCUAUAUUUAGUAUUAUCCACAUUGACGGCAAUCUUCAGGCCCCCAUGUAUUUUUUCCUUAGUUACUUAUCUAUCCUAGAUAUUUGUUAUUCAACUGUUACUCUCCCUUCUAUGCUAUUUAACUCCAUCACAGGCAACAGAAGAAUUUCCUUUUACAGGUGCUUCAUACAGUUGUAUUUUUUUGUCUCGCUUGGAGGGGCAGAGUGCCUUCUGCUUGCAGCCAUGGCGUACGACAGAUAUGUGGCCAUAUGCAACCCCCUGCAUUAUCCCAUCAUUAUGAACAGGAAGCUCUGCUUCCACCUUGUUGCUGGGUCAUGGGUUUGUGGCUUUUUGAAUUCUGUUCUUCACACUGUGAUGACUUCACAACUGUAUUUCUGUGAAAUUAGGUACGUCAAUCAUUUUUUCUGCGAUGUACCUCCACUGCUAAAGGCAUCUUGCACUGAUACACACACAAGCCAGCUAUUAUUAUAUAUUGUCAGUGUUUUUCUAGGAAUGACUCCCUUUGUAUUUGUUAUUAUCUCUUACAUACAUAUUAUUUCCACUAUUAUAAAAAUUCGCUCUGCUGCAGGAAGGAGGAAGGCCUUUUCCACAUGCUCCUCCCACCUCAUCGUUGUUACUGUGUUCUAUGUGACAGCUAAUUAUAAUUAUAUUGGCCCUACACCAGGAGACUCCUUUGACAUUGAACGAUUGUCCUCCUUAUUAUAUAGCAUUCUAACUCCUUUAUUCAACCCUAUAAUAUACUGCUUUAGAAACAAGGAAGUAAAGAGGGCUUUGAAAAAAAAAUUGUUACCUAAUCAAUUUUCAAUACAAUUCUGAUUUUCUCUUGGUGUUUAUGCUCAGAUACACUUUGCUAAUGUGGUAUAUAUGUCUGUACCCAAGAAAUGAUGACUUUCAGUAUUAGAUGUCAUUCUACUUUGGUGAUAGCCUUUGCUGAGUAAGAAGGUGAAUGCUGGUGCAUUGCGUGCCCUCAACAGUCGUACUUUCCCUAAUCCCAGUCAAAAUAAUAAU